AAUGGCGUUUGGGGUUGCAGGAGAAUAGGAGUGUCCGCGGUGUGGUUGGAGGGAAGCAGCGGGCGGGGCGAGGCAGCGCCACAGCAGUCGGCAGCAGGGCGACGCAGCGAAGGAACGUUGCCUCGGAGCGCGGGCUGCGUGCGUAACGGAGGGACGCGCUGAUUGACAGUCGGGAGGCACGGAGCGCCCCGCACGGCACACGAGAGAGGAGCACGCUAAUCGUUUUCCCCCUGUGCACACGGCUUGUCAGAGGCAUCUCUCUGUGAAAUAGCAGCCCGAUCAGCCCGGUCGCAAAUUACGAAAGGCUCCACCCGGGCGCGGUAUUUGAAGACUUGUGCUAACUGGAAAAGGUCCGCGCUGACCUGGCGUCUCCAAGUGCCAAGGAAACGGGAGUGGAUGGACAGAACGGUUACACGGCACUUUCCAAGCUGAGUCGAAGAAGAUUUCCCGGGUUUCUUUUUUUCUGGAGUAAAAGGAGUGCGACUUGCCUUCGGGAUCAUUUUGUGGAUCUUUUAUUAUUAUUUUUUUUUUUGAACUAACAACAUUGUGACGCGUUUGUCAGUCAAGUUGCAAGCCCUGGAUCCCGCGAACACCCACCAAUCUUUUUUUAAAAUUGGAAUAACAAGAUAAUCGUGAGGUGGGAGGAGGAGGGGGGUUUUGGUGCGUAAUUUGUGCGGUGUUUGCGGUCGCUGCUCCCGCAGAAGUAGUUGCGCCUCAUUUCCCUCUCCACGCGAUAUAGCGCAUCCCCGUCGCCGACCCAUGGAGUAGGCUAAAACACAAAAUAAAGACCUCAAAAGCGGCGAGGGGAGGAGGGGGGGGGGGGGGUCAUUCUCUGUCGAUCGGAUGGGCAGAUUCUCCGUAGUGUGGUAAACUGACCAAUGGGGAAUCAUGAACAGCUCUUCUGAACUCGAAGACGGCACUCGGCAUAAAAACCAGACGUUCUGUGAGUGUGUGCCCAGCUCCUCCCAGCUCAAACACCGCUGGUCAGACUCUGAAACUGCCAGGGAGACUCCGGCCAAGAGGAUGAGCUGCAGCUACCUGCUCUGCACCAUCCUGCUCUUCGUGGCCGUGCUGCUGGCCGUGACCGUGACCGGCACCAUCCUUUUCAUGAACCACUACCAGGCGCCGCCCAUGUCCGACGGCCUGCCGCACAUCUCCACCAAUCAGGACGAGGCCAACGCCCUGGUCACCGUGGAGAGGGGCGACGGCUCUCGCAUCAACAUCUUCAUCGACCCCAACUGCCCCGACUACAACAGUAACUUUUUGCGCCUGGAGGGCGUCCAGACGUCGCUGCUCCACUCGCUCACCGACCACGACUCGGACCUCAAGUCGGUGAAAGGCCAGGACCGGGCCCUCCUCGUCAGCCUGGCCGAGGAGGUGGCCAAGCUGUCGGCCCACGCGGGGCAACUGAAGAUGGACUACGAGUCGCUGCGCAGGGGGCAAGGCAGCCUGGGGCAAGACCUCAACACGCUGCAGACGGAGCAGGGACGCCUCAUACAGCUGCUGUCAGACAGUCAGAUCAACAUGGUGAAGGUGGUGAACUCGGUGAGCGACGCCCUCAACGCCAUGCAGAAGGAGAACGUGGGGCUGAAGGCGCGCGUCAAGGCCGACCUGCAGAGGGCGCCGGUGAGAGGGGCCCGCUUCAAGGGCUGCGCCAACGGCUCGCGUCCCCGCGACUGCGGUGACCUGUACGCCAGCGGUCAGAGGGAGGACGGCAUCUACUCGGUGUUCCCUGUCCACUACCCGGCGGGCUUCCAGGUCUACUGCGACAUGACCACGGACGGAGGGGGCUGGACGGUGAUCCAGCGCAGGGAGGACGGCGCCGUCAGCUUCUUCAGAGCGUGGGAGUCCUACCGGGAAGGAUUCGGCAAGAUCACCGGUGAACACUGGCUCGGGCUGAAGCAGAUCCAUGCCCUGUCCAUCCAGGGGAACUACGAGCUGCGCAUCGACCUGGAGGACUUUGAGAACAGCACCGCUUAUGCCCAGUACGGAACCUUCGGCGUGGGCCUCUUCUCCGUCGACCCCGACGACGACGGAUAUCCGCUGACCGUCGGCGACUACUCCGGCAACGCAGGCGACUCUCUGCUGAAGCACAACGGGAUGAAGUUCACCACCAAAGACCGGGACAACGACCACUCGGAAAACAACUGCGCCUCCUUCUACCACGGCGCCUGGUGGUACCGCAACUGCCACACCUCCAACCUCAACGGCCAGUACCUGCGCGGCCAGCACACCUCCUACGCCGACGGCAUCGAGUGGUCCUCCUGGACCGGCUGGCAGUACUCCCUCAAGUUCUCCGAGAUGAAAAUACGGCCCACGCGCGACCCCGAGAACAAGUGAGGAGAGAGGACGAGAGGAGAGAGAGGAUAUACGAUGACAUUACACACCACUUCUUUCCCGACAGCUAGGCGGAGUUCCUUGUCUUGAUAUUGUUUGUUCACUAAAACGUACCUUUUAGUUUCCUCUGCUGUUUUGCCCCCCCCCCCUGAUGUUUUUUUUUCUCCUCCUCCUCCAUCACUCAGCUACUAUGUGUCCUGCUGGCUGCCAUUAUCCUUAAACAACACAAGCAUCAUGCAUAUUUAUUUAUUUUUCGUUUUCGGUUCACAAAGAAAAGCAGCAUACCAGAACCCCCCCCACCCCCCCCCCCAAAGCUGCAGCCGAGGCGGCCCGAGCGUCGCCUGCAGGACCGCACGCCAGCAGUUCGCUCUCCCCGAACAUGUAGCUCUGACCUCCCAUCUGUGGUCCAGUCUCUGCUGUAUAAUCUGAGAGCAAAACUCUCGACAAAAUGUAAAAAAAAAAAAAAAAAAGGGGAGUUGGAGAUGGAGGUCCUCCCUCCUCCCCUCUGAGGAGCAGUCGAGGAGAAGUGUAACAUUUGCAUCCCCGAUCUGUGUCGACGGGACCCGACCUCAGACAAUUAGUCGCAGAGACGCAGUCGGCCGAGGACGAGGGACUAACUCGACAAGCGGUGAAUUAGUUCAAAAAGUGAGAAUUAAACAGGAGUGAGGAAGAGGAAGGAGGUGCAAAAAAAUGAGAAAAAGAGAGAGAGAGAGAGAGAGAGAGAGAGAGAGACAGAACCCAUUCACCUAAAUCGGGCCAUUAG